GGCCUGCAGAGUUCUGAAGCAUUGCCUUUGCUGCUGCUGCCGCUGCUGCUAGACAGGAGAUGUUCUGCCUGAACUGAAACUGCUGAGGAUUUUUUCCACGAGGAGGAUAUCCCUUCCCCAGCACUUCUGCUCGAGUAUCUAGUGGUUCUCUCGCCGGCAGACUGACUGAGACAGACAAUCUCCCAGAAGAAAACCAAGAACUGCCCAUGUUAUUUUAGGAACAAAAACAGGGGGGAGAGCUUUUCCCCUUGAAGCAGGAGGAUGAGUAGGGGCUCGAUGAGGAAGCAAUUCUGUCAGAAGACUAUGCAGACUUUUGUGAAGACAUUCUGGAUGCACAUGUCAUAGGAUAUUGAUCGUCAUUUUAUAAUUGAUGUUCUAACUGGGCCAUAUUUCUAGAAUUUGGAAGGGCUUUCAACAUUUGAUGACCUCAACGGCACCAACGUGUUAUCACAUGGAAUUGUAGCAGUGACCAAGACUUGGUACUUGCCAGACUUCAUGAACAGAAAAAGAUUGGCUUUUCCUGAAGUAUUAAGACCUGUGAAGCUCAUAAAUGCAGACAUUGGUUGCAGAGUUACUUCUUCGUCACCAUCAUAACUCAGAGCGGUUGCUGUCUGAAGCAGUUGCUAAGAUUGCAGAGCCUGUAUGUGACAUCGUCAUGAACGAAAGAAGAAAGUAAUACAGCAUUGGAUGCGCCUGCUUGCUGCCCGUAACAAAAAGAGAGAGGGGAGAAAAUGAUGCAUUGUGGGGAAUCACUUCAAAAGGGUGAAUGAAAUGAGCUCUUUCGAUUCUAGUAUUUGAAAAGCUAAGUAAUUCUCUGGAAGAAUUGUUCUAAAUGAGCCUGGCCAAGAUACUGGAUCUGUGUGAAGAGGACUAAGGAUACAAUAGGAUGUCAACUGAGACAGAACUUCAAGUGGCUGUUAAAACCAGCACAAAGAAAGAGUCUAAAAAGAAAGGUCAGGAUCGUAGUGAAGCAACUUUAAUAAAGAGAUUUAAAGGUGACGGUGUCCGAUACAAAGCAAAACUCAUUGGGAUAGACGAAGUCUCUGCAGCGCGAGGUGACAAGUUAUGUCAAGAUUCCAUGAUGAAAUUAAAGGGAAUUGUUGCUGCAUCUCGUUCAAAAGGUGAACAUAAACAGAAAAUAUUUCUAACCAUCUCCUUUGGAGGAAUCAAAAUCUUCGAUGAGAAGACAGGACUACUACAACACCAUCAUGCAGUACACGAAAUUUCAUACAUCGCAAAGGAUAUCACAGACCAUCGGGCCUUUGGAUACGUAUGUGGAAAGGAAGGGAAUCAUAGAUUUGUGGCAAUAAAAACAGCCCAGGCAGCAGAACCUGUGAUUCUGGAUUUGCGAGACCUCUUCCAACUUAUUUAUGAGUUGAAACAAAGAGAAGAACUGGAAAAGAAGGCACAAAAAGAUAAACAAUGUGAACAAGCAGUAUAUCAGACAAUUUUGGAAGAAGAUGUAGAGGAUCCUGUUUAUCAGUACAUUGUGUUUGAGGCUGGACAUGAGCCAAUUCGUGAGCCUGAAACAGAAGAAAACAUUUAUCAGGUUCCUACUAGCCAAAAGAAAGAAGGUGUUUAUGAUGUGCCAAAAAGUCAACCUGUAAGUCUGGAGAAUGGAAACCUGUUGUUGGACAUAGAAGAAAAUCUUGGUAGAAUCACUCAGGCUGUUACCCAACUAGAGCUGUUUGGGGAUAUGUCCACUCCUCCUGAUAUAACCUCUCCCCCUACCCCUGCAACUCCAGGUGAUGCCUUUAUCCCAUCUUCAUCCCAGUCACUUCCUGCUGGUACAGAGGUAUUUAGUUCUGUACCUUACAGCACUGCUGCUGUACCCUCAGGUUAUGUUGCAAUGGGAGCUGUCCUGCCUUCCUUCUGGGGACAGCAACCACUUGUUCAACAACAAUUGGCCAUGGGUGCUCAGCCUCCAGUUGCUCAGGUGAUGCAAGGAGGACAGUCAAUUGCAUGGGGACAACCUGGGAUGUUUCCUCCCACCCAGCAACCAUGGCCAUCUGUAGCUGGUCAGUUUCAGCCCGCUGCCUUCAUGCCAACACAAACUGUUUUGCCUUUACAAGCAGCCAUGUUUCAAGGUACCAUUGUUCCCACUGCUACUGUUCCACCUACCAGUGAUUCCACUAGAUCAAGUCCACAGACAGAUAGCCCAAGGCAGCAAGCUGGAAAAGAAAUGUUUAAAGAUUUCCAGAUGGCUCAGGCACCUCCAGUACCAUCACGAAAACCAGAUCAGCCUUCCCUCAGUUGUACCUCAGAGGCCUUCUCCAGUUACUUUAACAAAGUUGGAAUGGCACAGGAAGCAGAUGAUUGUGAUGACUUUGAUAUCUCUCAGUUAAAUCUGACUCCUGUGACGUCUACAACACCAUCAACAAAUUCACCCCCAACUCCUGCUCCUAGACAGAGUUCUCCAUCUAAAUCCUCGGCAUCUCAUACCAGUGACGCUGCUGCAGAUGACCUCUUUGAAGAGGGCUUCGAAAGUCCAAGCAAAAGUGAAGAGCAAGAAGCACCUGAUGGAUCUCAGGCCUCAUCCAACAGUGAUCCAUUUGGUGAACCUAUUGGUGAUACUGUAAGUCCACAGGGCGAUAGCUAGAUAGCGCAGGUUGGGGAAAGAGAACCACUCUAUGCCCAGAUCAACAGACCUAAGACCUAAGAAAUAGCAUUGACCCACACUCGUGGCACUUCAAGUCUCAAAUGAAAACGCCAGUCUUGACAGGCCUUUGGCUCCUACUACUCUUACUAAUAUUAUUUAGUUAUCUCAGCUAAUCAAGGAUAAUCAUAUCACUGGAUUAAUUCAACAAACAAGAUGUUUUGCCAACGCUGUUUGGCAGAACAUUGCUUUUUUGUUUUUUCCCUUAUUUUUCAAAAUCCUACUUUCCUAGGGCGGGGGAAUGUCAUCUGCAUUCCUACAACUUUGAACUACCCAAACACCUUUUCUUCUUUUUACCUUUUGUUGUUUCUAGGACUCCAUAUAAUGAAAGUAGGUGAUCCAAAGCUAUUAGAUGACAACUCGUUGUUUUUAUAAUACAGAAACACAGAGAAAGCAAACACAUCCUGGUCACCAGUUAUUGAGCGACACAACUGCACAUUUAAAGAUAUGGUAACUUUUUUAUGGCCAUCAAAAACUGUUCCUUCUGUAUUUUCACCCAGUAUACCAGCCUACAACAGCAUAUAUGAAGGAAGUAUUCAAGUGUUUCAUUCCCCCCCCCCAAUUACUUAAAAACUGGUGACAGACACUAGCAGCAGAAUGCCUCCUGUGAAAAUAAUUCUUAACUUGAAGUCAUGGAAUCCCAUUCCACCAAUCAUCAGUUUUGAUUGAAAAUGUUGCCAAAUGGACCUUUUAAUUUUCCAUACAUCAAAGAAGAGAUGAAAAUGCUGCUUUUUCUGUUUUGAAUACUACUGCUAUGAGUAGAGAAGGACAUCAGAUCUUUUGAUGGAAAAACAAACUGUGCGUUAUUUCCUAGGGAACUCUUAAAACAAAGAUCAGUAAAGGAUAUUUUUUAUUUCUUUGAUACCUUGCUGCUGUGAUGCUAUGCAGACAAGUGUUUUUUUCUUCUCUCUGUGCCAUUUUUGAAGAGAAAAAAAACUGUUUGCCAAAUACUUCUACAUCUGGAUUUGAUUGGGUUGGACUUUAAUAAUAACAGGAUGGAGAUGGCAUGAAUUUUGAAAUAAUGAACUUAUUCUGCGAUCCAAUGGUUCAUCUUUAUCACUUUUUGUACAUCGGAAAAAUUCAAAUGGGAUUUUUAUUUUAUAACUUGAAAUUUAAAAAUAAAAAUCUUAACUGUUAAAACUCUUUCAGUGUUUAAGGGGAAAUGGCUUUAAAGAGUCCGAAUGAAAAUUGCCAGGUUUUCUUUUGUUUUGUAAAUAUAAAUGUUAGGAGUUUUUUUUUUCCCCCACCAUGACAUCACACUGUAGGGAAGGUAGUAAAUGAUGGUGUUUCGGAAGCGUGGAAACCCCCAUUUUGUGGUUCUUGUAUCACGUUUGUUUGGUUUUGUUUUCACAUGCUUAUAGUUAGUGGGAUAAAGCUGAAGUGCAUUUCCCAACUACAUUUUUGUUGCCUGAAACUAGCUAGGUUGAUGGAGAACCCAUAAUCAUACAAUCUUGCUUUUAUAAUGCAACUCUUAUCACAUACUUUACAUUUUUUGGAGAAAAAUCACAUUUCAUACCCAUUUCCUAAUUUAAUAAAAGCUGUUUACACACUACAGAAGCAAGUUUUUUAAAACUGUUUUUUUUAAUAUAUUUAUGUAAGAAAAGUGCAGUGUUUGGUUUCUAUUCUUCGCACAUGAUUUGCAUAAAGAAUCUAUAUAUUUUUGCCCUACAGAGAAUUGUUAUACAGGUCAAAUAUGUUUUCCUGAUGUUCCUAUGCAGAUUACAAUAUAUUGAACUUUAGUGGUUUAGCACUAAAAAAGAAGAGUUAAAUAAUUCAAAUGAUGACUUGUUUCAAGGAUUAUGCAGAUUUUGUUUUUAAAAUCAAAAUACCAAUAUGCUUGUGUUUUCUCCUUUGAUUAUAUAAGCCUGGAGUUAUAUUUCAUGCAUUUGAAUUAUUAAAGCAUUUUACAAGAGUAGAUGAAAACUGGUGAUUUGGUGAUAUUAAAACUGAACUUGAUAUUUCCAGUUGGUUUUUUUCAACAUAGGUACUGAAUCAAAACGUGUGUGAAACAGUUGAAUUAUAGGCUUUAAUAUCGGUGCAGAUCUAAUGUACUUUUCCAGUCAUUUCCUCUCUGUACUUUUUUGGUGUGCAACCUUGUUUCAAUAAAAGACUCCAUGUGGAUUUUACAGAACAUGUGAUUGGUGAUGUGAAAGAGAAACAAAAGAGAAUUUGAGUCCAAUUAAAGCAGAAAGUAGUUGUGCCCAAAAUAAAAAUUAACAUUUUUGUUAAAGUCAGCUUGUUUUUCUUCAUUUCCCCUUUCCCCAGCCUGUUUUUAUCCAACCCACAAAUCAAUUUAUUUUAACUUGAUCAUUAUAUAUUUGUGAAAGGUGAAGAUGGCCUGGGCCUGCACAAGCCUUUUCCCAGCCCAAAAUAUUCAUCCAUGUUGUGGUCGUUGUCAGCAUCUCUGUCGCAAAUGUGCAUCAAAAGAAAAAUGCAAAAAAGUAUCUCUUUUUGUAACAUAUAAAUGUUAGCUUUGUUUGUUUUUUACCUACGCAAAAAGAUGACAUCAUUCAAAAGGACAUUUCAACCCUGAAAUAUUGAUGUACUGUAUAGUCAAUAGUGAAAUCUUGCUAAACUAAGUUUUUAUUGAAACACAAACAUACAGAAUUUGAAAUAUUUAUAGAUAUUGUAGCAUGGUGCGGACUCACAGCCAGUUCAUUGAUGAUGGUUGUUAUUGGGUUCCAAUAACAAAUAAUAUAUAUGAGAGAGAGAAUUACAACUGGUAUUAAGAUAUCAUAAGGAAAUUUGCUCUAUACAAACCGCAAGUCUUUUCUUGAAAUAAGACAAUCCAUGCUUAACUCAUCCAUCGUUAGAUUAUUCCUUUCUACCAUAAUCUAGAAGAAAAACAAUACAGAAGCCUGCACUAUACAAGUAUUGUAGAUAGGAAAUAUAUCUACAGGAAUCCAUUCAUCACUAGCACUAAGCUUGUCACUUUAAACUUUAAACCAGGGAAUACAUCCCAUCCUGUCCUGUUUCCAAUUGUUUCUUGAUUCUUACGUUAUUAAUGUACUUUGAUUCAUUGUUGUCAUUCAAUUGUCUGAUGAAAUCUAUGAUUGAAUAAUGUACUGGGCACCUUCUUUGCAAAGACGUUUACUUUCUACUUCGAUUUGUUUGAUUUUGCGUUCUCACGUGUUUAUUUUUUAAUAGAAGAAAGAUGAAAAUGACUGUUUUGCAGUACAUUUCUAGAUCUACUUUAACUUUACCUCAGAGGAAAACCAUUUGUUAACAUCCGUUGAACAUCUUCUUUCCCCUUAUGUAUAAUGCAUUCAUCAGAAGAAAUUUUUAGAGAUUUUCCAUUGAUUUCUGUAAGACACCAUGUAGUACUGUUGCAAAUAAAAAUGUUUAAAAUCA